AGAAAUAAGUUCGUUCACCAGCCACUAAACACACUUUUCACGUCACAACCAUCGGAAAUGCACAGAGUGUUGGUCGUUCCUACUGUCCGCGCGCCAAUUUGAAUCAUGGAUGCGGAAUGGACGUUGACGCUGCGGGAGGUCUUCCAGGACGUUCAGCUGCAGGCGGUGGAGGCCAGCGGGUACCUGCGUAACCCGUCGGGUGUGGCUCACCAGCGGACGCUUGUUCCGGCCGUGCGGCGUCUCAAUACGCUCUUUAAUGACGAGGUAAAGGACGGCAAACGUGGCGUGGUGGAGGAGGCCUUUGUGCUCUUCUUGGACGAGAUCUGGCUGGCUAUGGCCAGAGUGUUGGUCGCUCCUAAAGUGAGUGACGUGGUGCUGCUGGCUGUGGCCUCGUUUGUGGGCGAAUUCCUGCGUCGCACGAGCAACAAGAGCAAGGAACUAAAGGGAAAGGAAGAGCUGCGUAUGGAGCUUUUAAAGCGGCUUAUGGACGCCACUAAGGCCGAAGAUCGCGCCGUGAGGCUGCGAGCCUGUCACAUGCUGCAGAUCGUGGUCAACCGCCUCGAAUACAUCGAGGAGGAGCUCGAGACGCAGCUGAAGGCGACGAUGCUGAAGAGACUUAACGAUAAGCUGACGUCUGUGAGGAUCCAGAGCAUCUACGGGCUCAAGAACCUCCAGAAUCCUGUAGAAGACGAAGAAGACGAAGUUACACAAGAGCUGAGGAAGCUUAUGGUGUCUGACCCGUCCAAGGACGUACGUAAGGCGGCGCUGCUCAACUUGACAGUAUCGAAGAAGCUGUACCAGGACCUAUUGAUCCGUAUCCGCGACGCGAGUGAGGAUGUACGCUACGCCGCGUUCCGCACGAUCGGCAGCUCCAUGCCUCUGGAGGAUAUCCCUAUCAGUGACCGUGCCCAUCUACUGGACCAAGGACUACAAGACCGAGCUGCGCGUGUGCGGAGAGCUUGCGAGCAAAUGGUGCUGAAGAAGUGGUUCCCAGAGUGCGAUUCCUCGCCGGUAUUGCUGCUCAAGGCGCUGGAUAUCGAGCAGUAUCCUGAAAUCGGCUCCAAGGUCUCGCGUCUUCUGUUGAAGCACUUCUCGGAGCAGCCUCGAGCGCUGCUGGAGAAGGAAGGAGUCGUCGAGUUCAACGCGCUGGAUAUGAUGUCUCAGAACAGUGACGCGUUUAAUGCAGAGAGCAUUUUCUUCUGGAGAGAGCAGUGUUAUUACUACCAGAAGAUCGACAAUGACCCAGACAAGGCAGCGGCUCUGGUGCCGAAUGUCUCGGGCUUCAGCAAGAUGCUGGUGGCCACGUGCAAAGCCGAGAGCGACGUGCUCUUUAUCGCGCAGCAGCUGCUGGAAUUCGGCCAUUUACUGGACUUCCAGGACGAGUUUGGACGUCGUAACUUGCUGGAUGCCUUGCAGAAACUACUGCGGGAGAUAGACACGGACAGCCAACUGAUCAAGGGAAUUAUGGAGCUGAUGGCAUUUGUGUACUCUGGCAGCUCGGAGCAGGAGUUUAUCCAGGUCGUGGCUGAAGUCAUCUCGGACAUGUACGACCCCGUAGAGGUAGGGAAUCAAGACGUCUCGGCAUCGCAGCAAGAGGAUUCGGAGGUUCCUUCGUCCCAGCAAGAUACAUCGACUGAGGACGAGACGAUAGGCCUCAGCUUCGGCCCGCAGCUGCGCAAAUUGAGUGAUGAAGACCGUGAAGCCGCCGAAGCCAAGUUCGAAGAGCUGGAAAAGCAUCUCGAGACGCUCGAGUUUGACUCGGAAGAAUACAACAAAGUGCAGGCAGAGAUGGUGGCACUGGAGGCGCUUUUGCAGGACCCGAGAGUGCUGAGUUGGCUGCGAUGUCUCGAGAUCGUCGCCCAGCUGUUGAAACUCACGUCACACAACCUGAGCGACCCUAUUGUGGACGGCAUGAGUCGCUAUAUCCUGCCUGCUAUCGACAGCGACGUGCCGGCGUUGCGUGAAGCUGGACUGGAGAAUCUGGGACUCUUCUGUCUGCUGGACAAGCGUCUUGCCGAGCGGUAUUUGAUCGUCUUCUGGCGAGCGUUGAACAACCCAGAAGAGGAGAGCGAGGUGAAACACACGUGUGUCCAGUCUAUCUUGGACAUGGCAUUCAGCUUCACCAACCUCCAGCCACACAUUUUCGGUACGAAGUUAGCAGAAGACACUGGCGACAACGAAGAAGAGAAAGACGAGCGUGGCAAUGACACCGAGAGUCAAGAAACCAGCAAGGAAGGAGACAAGAGCGAUGAUCGGGAUGGAGAUAACAGCGGAGACAAGGAUAAAGCCGAAGACGAAGAUAUGGAGAAAGAUGACGAAGCGGAGCCUGUUGUGGGCGUCGAGAAGCUGGAUCUGGACACCAUCUUCGUUGGUCUGGGGCAGCUCAUCUCUGUCGAUGACGUGGACCUCCAAAGCACCAUCGUGGAAGGCUUCUGUCGCCUGUUCAUGAUGAACCGCAUCGACAACAUCACUGUGCUGGCCAUCUUGCUCGAGACGUACUUCAGUCCGAAGCUCCAGAAGGUGCAGAAACAGAGUGAACAUGGCUUCCAGUCGCGCUCUCUUCAACUGCUGAGUAUCUUCUUCCCUGCGUUCGUCAUGGCAACGUCAGCAAACUGUAUGCUACUGGAGGAGGCAGCCACUCAUUUGAUCCAGAAGUCGAUGGAGAAACUGCAGAUGGAAAGUGACUCUAUGCUCGACUUGGGCGCGUGUUCCAAGUACGUCAUGCAUCUGCUGAAUCACAACGAACAAGAGGAAGUGGCUGCUAUCCAGACGUCAAGAAAGAAGCGAGCGAAGAAGCCGGAGAGACGACGCUGCGCUCACCAUAACCGGAUCGGAAUCACCAUUUGUCUGGAGAUGCUAGCGCUGGAGAAAGUGGCGGCGAUGGCCUCGAUCCACCAUGACGUUGUAAUUUCGAGGCAGAAGGCUCUUCUCAAGAUGAUCGCGUGGGUGGAAGUGACGCUGGAUGAGCAACGCUCUGCUGCGCUGUUCAAGUACUUGCUGCAAGAGAUCACGACGUCUUGCUUUGACUCUCAGCGGGGAUUGCUGCGAAGUGCAGAGGCGGUGUUGAAGCGCACGUCGGCCAGUUAUUCGGAGCAAAGCACCGAGCAGAGCGAGGACCAGACGACCGCUUUGGAACACGAUCAGUCGUGGGCUCAUGAUCUCGUGAAGGAACGGGAAGAAGUGCUGCAUAAGGUGCUGCUGAAGGCCAGUGCGGACCAUGAGAAGUGGCUGAAGAAACAGGAGCGAGAGAAGAAGGCUCAGCGGAGGAGGAACGCGCGAUAUGUUUCGUCUGGGUCGUCGGAUUCGAGUGACAGUGAGAGCGACGAAGAAGGAGACGAAGAACCGGAUACUGCACCUGCACGUCGUGAGCUUUCAUCGCGUCGUAGUAAGACGGCGGCUGUGAGUCGUAUGCACGAGAAAGAGGGCGAGUUUGAUGCGAGGAUCAAGCAGGCGCUACAGGCUGAUGAUGCGGAUGAGGAGGAUGAAGAAGAGUGGGAUGAUGAGGACAGCGAAAGUGAAAGUGAAGGGGACGACGAGUCUGAUGCUGAAGAGGAGGACGGGGAGGAGGAGGAGGGGGAUGAUGAUGAGUAAACUUUCCGUGAUCAGUUCUUCAUAUUUCGCGUCAACGCGGUAACACUUGUGGAAUCGGCGGCGGUGAGUAAGUUUUGUUCCAAGUUCUGAACAUACAUGUACAGCUCCAUGAGCAACUACACCCUGGCUGCUGUUAUCGUAGCGAUUACCUAAAAUGCUGUCCUUCUUGAAAAUUCGUUUGACUUGGAAUCUGAAAAAAGUGGGGGG